AUGGGAGACUUUAUUGGUCAUAUUUGUCCAGGCUUGUUCCUGAUCUUCUACGGACUGUAUCAGGCAAUAAUGGUCUCCAGAGCUGUGAUAUUCAACGACUCUCUUUUGUAUCCAUCAUACCUUUCUAAGGGAAGGUGGGCCAGGCUGUGGCAAAUAGCCCAAGCGGGCUGGUUGAAGAUAGUGUCUGGCUCCCUCUUGAUAGUGUACGAGAACAGCUGUGUUAAAGAUGGGCUAAAGAUUAUGUCCAAAGGGAUGCCACCAAGGUUUAUGUACCCCAAGGAGUGGCAGCACCUCACCAUGUUCACCCUCCUCAUCCUGGACGGUUGUGUAGAAGUGGUGAGCAAGAGCGUGCUGCGGCAGAGGUGCGUGGUCCUAGAAAGGGGUUCCACAGUCCUGGGCAUCUACAUUCUCCUGCUGCUGCUGGUGUCUCACGUUAAGGACUCAUCUGGGGUGGAGCUGCAGGUUCACUCCCUCCUCAUCCUGGUGGUGUUCCUGCUGAUGCUGGUGUUGACGGCAGAGCUGUGGGCGCCUGAGAUGUUUCACCUCUGGAUGAUGGAGACCUUCCUGUUCCUGAUCAUGGGCUCAUGGCUGAUUCAGGCAGGCUUUAUUCUAUUUAGACCGGUCUCUGGCUUCCCGUGGGAAGACGAUGACAUGAGUGACAUCAUGUUUGUCACCACCUUCUUCUGCUGGCAUGUGAUGAUCAAUGCCUUGUGCCUGUUGGGAAUCUAUGGCAUCUCUUCCUUUUGGCACCAUUGUUACAGUCCCAGCUUGAGGCUGAUGGGGUCCAAGGAAGUGCUGUAUCACGAGAGCUCUUCAGGAAGCUUCUACAAGCUGCUGCCAGAGGCAAAGCAGCAGGACAAAGACGAGCAGGCUCUUCUCCUUUCAAAGAGCUCUUCCUGUGACCGGGCCUAG